ACAAGUCGAGGAUCGAGAAGCCUUGAAAAGGUAUCUGGAACCUUAUUGACAUGGCUUGUCUCAGGUCCUCCACAAUAGCCAGCUCUGGGUUUUUCGGCUUCUUCAGAAAUAUGUCCCUAUUCUUCUUCUUCUUUGCCCUCAUCAGUUUCUCAGAAGGACAAACAGUUCCGGCCUUGUAUGUUUUCGGUGACUCUCUUGUUGAUGUUGGCAACAACAACUACAUUAAAGACUCGCUUCUCAAGGCAAAUUACCCUUACAACGGCAUUGAUUACCCUGGUGGAAAACCAACCGGAAGAUUUUGCAAUGGCAAAAACGCUGCAGAUCUUAUCGCUGAAAAAGUGGGAUUGCCGACUUCCCCUCCAUAUUUGUCCAAUACAAGCGAUGUUUUCCUCAAGGGAGUAAGUUUUGCAUCUGGAGGAUCAGGGCUCUUCAACACCACCGGCCAAGGCUUCCUCCGCAAGACGCUCUCUCUGCCCCAACAAGUGGAUUAUUUCACUGCGCUGCACGACAGACUAGUGAAACAGCUUGGACCUGCUGCAGCACAGCAGCAUUUAUCAAAAUCUCUGUUUCUUGUGGUGAUUGGAAGCAAUGAUGCUUUCGCUUAUUUCGAGUCUUUAAACAACAGAAAAGUUAUGAAGGUUACUCCAGAUCAGUACGUUGAUCAGAUGAUUUCCACACUCCAAGGAUUGUUGAAGCAAAUCCAUAGUUUGGGGGCUCGCAAGUUUGUUGUGGUUGGACUAGGAUCACUUGGGUGCUGUCCAGGGCAAAGACAUGACACCGGCAAUGAACAAUGCAAUCAAGAUAUCAACGCUUUGGCGAUCAAAUACAACCAAGGACUUGCAUCAAUGUUGGCGGGACUGAAGUCGGUUUUGAACGACUUCAGCUACUCCUUAUUUGAUACUUAUACAGUCCUCCUCGACAUCAUUGACAACGCAGCAACUUAUGGUUUUACCGAGGCAAAGGCAGCUUGUUGUGGAUUUGGAAAACUAAAUGCGGACGUGUUUUGCACGCCCCUGGCCGUGUACUGCUCCAAUAGAACCGAUCACGUCUUCUGGGAUAAAGUCCAUCCCACACAAGCAACGGAUAAAAUUAUGGUCGAUACCAUCUACUCUGGUUCACAGCCAUACGUGUCUCCCAUUAAUGUCAAGCAGUUGGUUGCUCUAUAAAAUUGCACUAGAGAGAUCAAGAAGUUGUAUUCUUCCCUUUUUAUUUGUGUGUGUGCCGGAGCAAAAACUAAGAGGAUACCGUCAUCGUUGUGUCGCCUGGAUAUACUCAACAUGUUGCAUACCAAAUUAACAAUAUGUUUAUUUCAUCAUCCA